CUCAGGGUGCCUGGAAGGGAGCCAGAGGUGUUGUGGGGCUCAGGCCAGGAGGGGAACAAAUGUCCUUACUGUGGCCACCCAGACCCUUCCUCCAGAACUGGCCACUUCUGCCUUUGGAAAGUGUUUCACAACGUGCCUGUAUGUGAGGACAGCUGAGGAUGGGCAAGAGGGCGUGGACCUGCACGAUCACCACUGCCUAGAGAGGAAGCACAGGCUUGCCAUGCCCGUGAGGGGCUACCCGGCACGCCAGCCGCUCGCCAGAGUGCCCGAGUCUGCGGUCUUCAUUCCAGGUGACAUGGGCCCCCCAAAGCAGGGAGGGACCAGAUAUGGCUCCAUCUCCAGCCCACCCAGUCCAGGGUCACAGCAAGCGCCUCCCGGAGGGACCUACCUAAGUGAGAAGAUCCCCAUUCCGGAUACAGAAUCGGGUACAUUCAGCCUGCGGAAGCUGUGGGCCUUCACGGGGCCUGGAUUCCUCAUGAGCAUUGCAUUCCUGGACCCAGGAAACAUCGAGUCAGAUCUUCAGGCUGGGGCUGUGGCUGGAUUCAAACUGCUCUGGGUGCUGUUGUGGGCCACAGUGUUGGGCUUGCUCUGCCAGCGACUGGCUGCCCGGCUGGGCGUGGUGACAGGCAAGGACUUGGGCGAGGUCUGCCAUCUCUACUACCCUAAGGUGCCCCGCGUUCUCCUCUGGCUGACCAUCGAGCUAGCCAUCGUGGGCUCAGACAUGCAGGAAGUCAUUGGCACGGCUAUUGCAUUCAGUCUGCUCUCUGCUGGACGAAUCCCACUCUGGGGUGGUGUCCUCAUCACCAUCAUGGACACUUUCUUCUUCCUCUUCCUCGAUAACUACGGGUUGCGGAAGCUGGAAGCCUUUUUUGGAUUUCUUAUUACCAUAAUGGCCUUGACCUUCGGCUAUGAGUACGUGGUGGCACGGCCUGCCCAGGGAGCACUGCUUCAGGGCCUGUUCCUGCCCUCGUGCGCAGGCUGUGGCCAGCCCGAGCUGCUGCAGGCCGUGGGCAUCGUUGGCGCCAUCAUCAUGCCCCACAACAUCUACCUGCAUUCCUCCCUGGUCAAGUCUCGAGAGGUAGACCGGUCCCGGCGGGCGGACAUCCGAGAAGCCAACAUGUACUUCCUGGUUGAAGCCACCAUCGCCCUGUCUGUCUCUUUCCUCAUCAACCUCUUUGUCAUGGCUGUCUUUGGGCAAGCCUUCUACAAGCAAACCAACCAGGCUGCGUUCAACAUCUGUGCCAGCAGCAGCCUCCACGACUAUGCGACGAUCUUUCCCAGGAAUAACCUGACCGUGACAGUGGACAUUUACCAAGGAGGCGUGAUCCUGGGCUGCCUCUUUGGCCCUGCAGCCCUCUACAUCUGGGCUGUGGGUCUCCUGGCCGCUGGGCAGAGCUCCACCAUGACCGGCACCUACGCGGGACAGUUUGUGAUGGAGGGCUUCCUGAAGCUGCGGUGGUCACGCUUCACCCGAGUCCUGCUCACUCGCUCCUGCGCCAUCCUGCCCACUGUGCUCGUGGCUGUCUUCAGGGACCUGCGGGACCUGUCAGGCCUCAACGACCUGCUCAACGUUCUGCAGAGCCUGCUGCUUCCCUUUGCUGUGCUGCCCAUCCUCACCUUCACCAGCAUGCCCGCCCUGAUGCAGGAGUUUGCCAAUGGCCUGGUGAGCAAAGUCAUCACUUCCUCCAUCAUGGUGCUGGUCUGCGCUGUCAACCUUUACUUCAUCAUCAGCUAUGUGCCCAGCCUUCCCCACCCUGCCUACUUCAGCCUUGUAGCUCUGCUGGCUGCCGCCUACCUGGGCCUCACCACCUACCUGGUCUGGACCUGUCUCAUCACCCAGGGAGCCACUGUUCUGGCCCACAAUUCCCACCAACGCUUUCUGUAUGGGCUUCCUGAAGAGGAUCAGGAGAGGGGGAGGACCUCAGGAUGAGCUCCCACCAGGGCCUGGCCACGGGUGGGAUGAGUGGGCACAGUGGCCUGCCAGACAAGGGUGUGUGUGUGGUCACCCACAGCAAGACGGAGAGGGAGUUCUGGAAGCCGGACAACGUGAGUUCCAUAGGGACCUGCUGUUUCCUAGCUCAGAUCUCAGUGUUCUUGACUAUAAAAUGGGGACACCUACCUUGCAAUGGUUGUAAAUAAGACACUUGAACGCAGAGCCUAGCACUUCAGAUUUAAAAACAAAAGAAUCAUAAUUCCAAAAGUAUUUACUGAGCACUAUCACAGGAGUGAUCUGACAGACCCACCCAGUCCAGGGCAGGACCCAGGCUCCAAACUGACUUAAAAAUAAGAGUUUGAAAAUGUUAAAUAAAUGCCGUUGUGCUUA